AAUUUUUUACCCACCAGACAGAAGAAAGAUGCAACCACCAUGACAAUGGACGGGACCAGAAUGGAGCCUUUACCCCUGUGUCGGCAAGAUGGCCGAACUAUGAAAUUGCCCAGGAUAAUUUUCUGGGCAUACGAUUGGUAACAGCAACGGGAGGAAGUGGAUUUCUUUACCACUCCGUACAGUAGACCCGGAAAAAGAACCCUUCGCCCUCUUCCCCCCAACCCUCGCCGCAGUGUCCUUCUUCUUCUAAUCACCCGGCGCGUCUCUCCUCCGGUCCUCGGUGCAAUCUCUUUUUCCUCCCGUUCUGAGAUUGAUAUCUUCCUCUCCUCUUCACUUUUCCUCCUCCGCCUCCUCCGCCCCCUCUCCCUCCUCAUCCUCUCUUCCUUCAACCCUCAUCUUCGAUAGGUGGUGGCUAGAGUUGGCCUCCAUCUUACCUCGAUUUCCGAGGCCGUCACUCUCUCAUACCAACCUGGGUUUUGUCUAGGCACAUGUAUGCAAGUGACCUGGCAAUUCAUCCUUGAAUCCCUUCUCCUCCAGCUACCCAGGUUCGACUUCGACAAGGAAUACGCUCCGUACCUUGCUCUCUGCCUCCUCGUCGCAUUGCUUGGUUUACUGUUUACUUCAAGGCUGCCUCGCUUCUCCUCCAAUCCUACACUUGGGAACCACCUCACCUCCAUCAUGCAGUUCAAGCCGCAAGAGAGCGCCGGUGCUGGUGCCGCCGUCCUCGAUUCUAAGCCUCAGCCUGCUUCGGACAACAACAACAACAAGUCCUCUUCUGCCCUGCCCUUCGGUCAACACGUUGCUCUGUCCUCCAUCUCUGGUCCGACUUAUGUGACGGCCCAGCUGCUCGUCCAACAGGUCGCCUAUCUCCUCUCCGACAAGAUCUUCAGCUACUCGGCUCCCACAUUCGAUCUUGAUGUCGCCGCUCGUGCCUGGGCCGAGGCCAAAGAGCGCAACAUCCGCGGUCAGCAUACCGAUGUCAUACAGCUGCAGACCAGGACCGGUGCCGGCGCCCUCGCCCUCGGUUACAUCUUCAGCCCGGACUUUGACAUGUCCAAGCGCCACGUCCCCCAGUCUCUGCUCGCGCCCAGCCUGAGCUUGAAGAAUCUUCGUGGUGCCCUCGACCAGCUGAGCCUCCUCUACGGAGUCGCUUCCCCCUUCGUCGCCCACGUCGCCGCCCUCGACUACGAUGCCCAGAACGGCCUGCUCUCCGAGUACGAUACCGCCCUGCGCACUGCCGAGGAGCUCGGCCUGGGUCUCGUCUCCAGCUCCACCGCCGCCGAGGCCCAGCACAUGGCCCUCUUCGCCACCCUCAUGGCUGCCGUCCUCCCCACCCUGCACGUCUACGACGGCGUGCGCCUCGCCCGCGAGACCUCGCGCAUCGUCGACGCCCUGAGUAAGAGCGGCAUCGCCGACCUCUACAACACCCUCACCCAGGGUUCGCCCGCCGCCGAGGAGAGGCAGGCCAUCUCCUCCAAAGUCGUGAACUUGCUGAACCUCGUCAGCAAGGAGCUGGGAUCCGACGAGGACGCCGAGUCGAACCACACCGCCCUGCUCGCCACCCUCAUGACUGCCCUGACUCCUACUCUCGGCGUCGAGGAAGGCGUUAGGCUGGCGAGGGAAACCAUGAAGGCCUCCAGCGCCCUCAACAAGAAGGGUGUCACCGAGACCUACAAGAAGAUCUCGAAAGAGGUCACCUACCUCAACAAGAGGCUCGACGAUGCGGGCAAGGUCAUGGAACUGCUCAAGCUUUUCAACUCGGAGCUUGGCACCGCCUACGACCUCUUCGAGUACCACGGUCACAGGGACGCCGAGACUGUCCUGGUCGCCUUCGGCAGCGUCGAGGCCCAGAUCGCCAAGCAGGUCGUGGCUCGUCUCGCCGCUGACGGCGCCAAGGUCGGCGCCAUCAACGUCCGUGUGUACCGCCCCUUCGUCGAAGAGGCCUUCCUCGACGCCAUCCCCGCCGCCGCCCGCCGCAUUGCCGUUCUGGGCCAGGUCAGGGAUGAGGCUGCCAUUGAGGAUGUAUCUCUUCAAUCCGCUCUCUAUGCCGAUGUUCUGGCCGCAGUCUCCUUCUCCGGCAAGUGGGCCCAGUCGCCCGUCGUCGCCGACGUCAAGUAUGCUGCCUCAGUAGCCCUGACUCCCCAGGCCGUCGCCGACAUCUUCACCAAGCUUGAAGACAAGGAUGCCGCGAUCAAGCCUUUCCCCCUCCUGGUCGAGGCCCAGCAGUACACCUUCUGGGACGUUGACAGCUCCGUCUUAGCCCAAUCCCCUGCCGUCGUUGGGAAGCUUCUUGCCUGCGAGUCCGCCAAGAGCGUCUACGUCGACGAAACCUUCGACAACCUGAUCCAGGGCGGUGCCUUGCGGACAGACAUUCGCAGCUCCCGGAAGGCCAUUGAUGCGCCCUACGCUGUUGAGGAAGGCGACGUCGUUGCUGUCGGCGACGAGAAGCUUCUCAAGGAGGUUGACAUCAUUCGGAGCGUCAAGCAGGGCGGCAAGGUUCUCCUGAAGCUUCCGAACUUCAAGGAGGAAGAUCUCGAGAAGCGCAUUCCCGCCUUUGUCUGCAAGAGCAUCGUGGACAAGGGCGUGGAGCUUUUCGUAUUCGACACUUCCCAAUCGGCUGCAUUCGAGGAGGACCCUGCCGCUACCAAGGCGCUCUUCGAAUUUGCCUUCCUCAAACUCGCUCGCCCGGACAUCUCGGUGCAAGACGUUGCCCAGGCCACCUUGAAGGACGGCGCUACGCCCUCGCUCCAGGAGACUCUGGACGCUCUUGAGGUCGCGGUCCGCAAGCUCGACAUCCCUGCCGCCGCCACCGAGCUUCCUGUUGACUUUGUCUGGCCCGCGCUCCCGGUCAACCUCACCGCCAACAGCUUCGUUCCCUUCGACCAGUCCGAGUCGGAGGCGGAGGUAGGCGGCAAGCUGCUCGACUGGCAAGCCGCCGCCAAGGGCCUCGCUUUCAAGGAGGCCUACGGCACCCAGUCCAACCUGCGUCCCGAGCUGUCGGUCAAGACGCACACCGUCACCGUCAAGGAGAACCGCCGACUCACCCCCGGGACGUACGACCGCAACAUCUUCCACAUCGAGUUCGACCUCGGCGACUCGGGCGUCACCUACAAGAUCGGCGAGGCCCUCGGCAUCCACGCCGAGAACGACGACGAGCAGGUCCAGGCCUUCAUCGCCUGGUACGGUCUCAACCCGGACGAGGUCGUCCAGGUGCCUUCGCGCGAGGACCCGACCGUGCUCGACACCCGCACCGUCUACCAGGGGCUCAAGCAGAACAUCGACGUCCUGGGCAAGCCUCCCAAGCGCUUCUACGAGGCGCUCGCCGAGUUCGCCACCAACGAGGCCGAGAAGAAGAAGCUCGCCGCCCUCGGCGGCCCGGACGGCGCCGCCGAGUUCAAGAAGCGCAGCGAAGGGGACACCGUCACCUACGUCGACAUCCUGCAGGAGUUCCCGUCGGCCCGCCCCAGCUUCCACGACCUGGUCCGCAUCGUCGCCCCGCUCAAGCGCAGAGAGUACUCCAUAGCCUCCGCCCAGGCCGUCACCCCCAACGCCGUCGCCCUCAUGAUCGUCGUCGUCGACUGGGUCGACACCCGCGGUCGCACCCGCUGGGGCCACGCCUCGCGCUACCUCUCCCGCCUCCCCGUCGGCGCCAAGGUCACCGUCUCGGUCAAGCCGUCGGUCAUGAAGCUGCCCGCCUCCCCCAAGGCGCCCCUCAUCAUGGCCGGCCUCGGCACCGGCCUGGCGCCGUUCCGCGCCUUCGUCCAGUACCGCGCCCUGCAGAAGGCCCGCGGCGAGGACAUCGGCCCCAUCCUCCUCUACCUCGGCUCCCGCCACCAGCGCGAGGAGUACCUCUACGGCGAGGAGUGGGAGGCCUACCUCGACGCCGGCGUCAUCACCCUCCUCGGCGCCGCCUUCUCCCGCGACCAGCCCCAGAAGAUCUACAUCCAGGACCGCAUGCGCCAGACCAUGAAGGACAUCGUCCAGGCGUACGUCCGCGACAGCGGAAGCUUCUACCUCUGCGGUCCUACCUGGCCCGUGCCCGACGUCACCGAUGUGCUCAAGGAGGCCAUCGAGUACGAGGCCCGUCUCACGGGCAAGAAGGUCAAUGCGCGCAAUGAGAUUGAGAAGCUCAAGGAGGAAGGUCGCUACGUGCUCGAAGUCUAUUAAGUUCCAAAAAGUCUUUUCUUUUUCUUUUUCUUUUUUGUCGCAGGGUGGUUUUAUCACCGAGAAAGAGAGGGAUGAGAGAAGAGAAAAAAGGAACAAAUGGUAAAAACUCUAUAGACAUUUUUGGGCGUCAGACACUACAUAAUACCAUCUUGCUUCGUUCAGGCACUAUUUUCUGCGUUGUACCUUGACAUUUAAGUUACCUACCUUAUUACUCUGAUCAUAUAAUCUAUUUUUUUGAACAUUCCCAUCAGUGGUUCAAAUUUCGUGCGUUGUAUUGGGACGUGUAUGUGCGACGAGGGUAAAGCGAGAAAAUACAUGAAAUGACGGCUAUGCAAGAAAACACCUAAGCUAGCCUAUAUCACCAAUCUCGCGUGGCAGACGGC